CCCCGCGCGCCGCUGCCGGACGGGCCAUGGGCCUGCUGGGCCCCCGGCGCCUGGCGGGCGGGGGGCGGCUGCUGCUGAGCCGCGCGCUCGCCCCCCGCCAGGCCCCGCCCGCCAAGAGGCCGCGCGAGGAGCCGCCGCUGAGCGCCGAGCAGCUGGGCCGCAUGCGGAGGAACAAGGCGGCCGCGCUGCUCCGGCUCGCCGCCCGCCGCGCGCCCCCCGGCCUGGGCGACAGCUGGAGGCAGCGGCUGGGCGCCGAGUUCGGGAAGCCCUACUUCGCCCAGCUCAUGGGAUUCGUGGCGGAAGAAAGAAAACAUCACACUGUGUACCCACCCCCCCACCAAGUCUUCACCUGGACCCAGAUGUGUGACAUCAGAGAUGUGAAAGUUGUCAUCCUGGGGCAGGAUCCUUAUCACGGGCCCAAUCAGGCGCACGGGCUCUGCUUCAGCGUUCAAAGGCCUGUUCCUCCUCCGCCCAGCCUGGAAAACAUUUUUAAGGAGCUGUCUACCGACAUAGAUGGUUUUGUUCAUCCUGGUCAUGGAGAUUUAACCGGGUGGGCUAAACAAGGUGUUCUCCUCCUCAACGCCGUGCUCACCGUCCGGGCCCACCAGCCCACUUCCCACAAAGAGCGUGGGUGGGAGCAGUUCACCGAUGCCGUCGUGUCCUGGCUGAACCAGAACUCCAGCGGCCUCGUCUUCUUGCUCUGGGGCUCCUAUGCCCAGAAGAAGGGCAGUGCCAUCGAUCGGAAGCGGCACCACGUGCUGCAGACGGCCCACCCGUCCCCGCUGUCGGUGUACCGGGGUUUCUUCGGGUGCAGGCAUUUCUCGAAAGCCAACGAGCUACUGCGGAAGUCUGGCAAGGAGCCCAUUGACUGGAAAGCACUGUGACCACGCUGUGGCCGGCACCAUGGGGGCAUCGCCCUGGGGAUGUUAUUGAAGCUACUGUUCAAGUGUCUGUCUCUUGGGAAGUUGGGUUGAAGGAAAAGGGGGGGAAAAACACUGGUUUCCCCAGUCGUGCUGAAGCCCUCGGCUGAUGGGAAGAAGUUUCCAGAAAGCAACCUGGAGCCCGGGUACGCGGGCCUUGCACUAUUUCGCCGAGCAGAGGAAGAUGACGAGACUUUCUUGCCACCACUUCUGUCUGCACCGGGGCCGGAGACGAGAUGACAUGGUCACUGCUUGCCGCCCGCUGGCAGAGGGCAGAGUUGCUGCUAGGAGCCGGGCACCUGGGCCUGGCCCUGUGUUGAGGGAGCCUGAGGCCGGUCGGUGGGUGCCGGCCGGCCGGGAGAGAGGCUUGCUCCUUCCCGGGAAAGGGCCUUCUAGGUGUGCCGUGUUCGGGAUUUUUAAGGCAGCGUGAACUGCCACUGUUUCUUUGGUUUGGUUUUAUUUUGUUUUAUGGACUAAAGUCACUUUGGGAUUUUGGUGGUGGGUUUGGGGAUUUCUUUUUUUUUCCCCCUGGAGAAUUUUGCUUUUGUGAAACCUAGGCAGAUGUGUUUAGCUGUGUUUUCAGUCCUUGAAGAGAAUCUUGAUUCUGUGUUUCAGCCUCCAUGCCAGAAAGGCUUCUUUCUGGGUUCCCUGUUUGCUGGCCAGGAUUUUGUAAUAAAGAU